CUGAAUCUAAGCAUGCCUCGGUCUCCUUCAGCAGCUCACUCGUACCAGCAGGGCUGCACCAGGAUGACCCUGGAGAACUCAGAUCUCUGGAAGUCCUUCCACGGCAUCGGAACAGAGAUGAUUAUAACGAAACACGGAAGGAGGAUGUUUCCACACUGCAGCGUCCGUGUAACCGGCCUCCAACCUUUCACUAACUAUGUCAUCAUGGUGGACAUGGUUCCCGGAGACAGCUUCAAAUACAAGUGGAAAAAGGAGCAGUGGGAGGUCACAGGGAAGGCAGAACCCCAGCCCCCAUGUCGGACUUACACCCAUCCUGACUCUCCUGCAGUAGGAACCCACUGGAUGAAGCAGUCCUUGUCUUUCCUCAAGAUGAAGCUCACCAACAACACCUUGGAUCAACACGGCCACAUCAUCCUGCACUCCAUGCAUCGCUACUACCCCAGGUUUCAUGUGGUCCAGGCAGACAGUCCGUACACGAUAUGCUGGGGCUCCUUUCAGAGCUUCUCAUUCCCAGAGACGGCCUUCACUGCCGUCACUGCCUACCAGAACCCAAAGAUCACCAAAUUAAAGAUUGACCACAACCCCUUCGCCAAAGGGUUCAGGGAGGGAGGCACCCAUUCACACAGUAAACGGUAG